AUGAAGAAAGUACUAAAAAGAAUUUAGAUUUUAAUAAGUAAUUCUAGAAUNAAAAUUGCGAAUUUCUGGUGGGGACCUUAUAAUGAUUGGUAUCACUUCUAAUCAGAUCUUGAUAAGCAUCCUUAUGAAGUUGCAGUUGAUGCCAGUAAAUGGUAAUUUUAUGGUUCUGGUAUAUUUUCUGAUUGUAGUUCUGCUUCUAGCAAUACAAAUUAUUAUGCAUUAGCUGUUGGUUAUGAUUCAUCAGAUAAUUGGUUUGUUCAAGCAUCUUUUGGAACUAGUUGGGGAGAAUCUGGAUGUAUAAGACUAGCUCCAGGAAAUACUUGUGGUAUUUUAAAUGAUAGUCACGAUGUGGAAUUAUAUUGA